GGGAACUAUUGAAAGAAAACCCACAGUCCAGUGCCAAGAAAGAAGUCAACUUUUCUUCCCCUAUUUCCCUGCAUUUCUCUUCUGUCCUCACUGCUACACGCAGCUCAGCCUGGAAGGCACAGCGAGAUGCGAGACGUGUCUCUGCUGGUCUGAGUCUGCCUGUGACAUGGACCUGUGUCUUCCCUGAAGCAUCUCCAGGGCUGGAGAGAUAACUGCCAUGCACCGAGGGCUCCUCCAUCCGCAGAGCAGGGCGUUGGGAGGAGACGCCAUGACCCCCAUCCUCACGCUCCUGAUCUGUCUCGGGCUGAGUCUGGGCCCCAGGACCCAUGUGCAGGCAGGAAUCCUCCCCAAGCCCAGACUCUGGGCUGAGCCAGACCGUGUGAUCACCCAGGGGAGUCCCGUGACCCUCAGGUGUCAGGGAAACCUUGAAGCCCGGGAGUACCAUCUAUAUAGGGAGAGAAAACCAGCAUCCUGGAUUACAUUGAUACGACCAGAGCUUGUGAAGAAGGGCCAGUUCCCCAUCCCAUCCAUCACCUGGGAACACUCAGGGCGGUAUCGCUGUCAGUAUUACAGCCACAUUGGGUGGUCAGAGCUCAGUGACCCCCUGGACCUGAUGGUGACAGGAGUCUACAGCAAACCCACCCUCUCAGCCCUGCCCAGCCCUGUGGUGGCCUCAGGAGAAAACGUGACCCUCCAGUGUGACUCACAGGUGGCAUUUGGUGGCUUCAUUCUGUGUAAGGAAGGAGAAGAUGAACACCCACAACGUCUCAACUGCCAGUCCCAUGCCCGUGGCUGGUCCCGGGCCGUCUUUUCCGUGGGCCCCGUGAGCCCGAGUCGCAGGUGGUCCUACCGGUGCUAUAGUUAUGACUUACGCUCUCCCUAUGUGUGGUCUUUACCCAGUGAUCUCCUGGAGCUCCUGGUCCCAGGUGUUUCUAAGAAGCCGUCACUGUCAGUGCAGCCAGGUCCUGUCGUGGCCCCUGGGGAUAAGGUGACCCUCCAGUGUGGCUCUGAUGCCGGCUACGACAGAUUCGUUCUGUACAAAGAGGGAGAACGUGAAUUCCUCCAGCGCCCUGGCCGGCAGCCCCAGGCUGGGCUCUCCCAGACCAACUUCACCCUGGGCCCUGUGAGGGUGUCCCACGGGGGCCAGUACAGAUGCUACGGUGCACACAACCUCUCCUCCGAGUGGUCGGCCCCCAGCGACCCCCUGGACAUCCUGAUCGCAGGACAGACCCAGGCCAGACCCUCCCUCUCAGUGCAGCCGGGCCCCACAGUGGCCUCAGGAGAGAACGUGACCCUGCUGUGUCAGUCACAGGGAUGGAUGGACACUUUCCUUCUGACCAAGGAGGGAGCAGCUGAUGCCCCCCUGAGUCUGAAAUCAAAGCGCCGGUCUCAUAUGUACCAGGCUGAAUUUCCCAUGAGUCCUGUGACCUCAGCCCACGCGGGGACCUACAGGUGUUACGCCUCAUUCAGCUCCAACCCCUACCUGCUGACUCACCCCAGUGAGCCCCUGGAGCUCGAGGUCUCAGGUGUUUCUAAGAAGCUGUCACUCUCAGAGCAGCCGGGUCCUGUCGUGGCCCCUGGGGAUAAGCUGAUCCUCCAGUGUGGCUCUGAUGUCGGCUACGACAGAUUCGCUCUAUACAAGGAGCGGAGACGUGACUUCCUCCAGCACCCUGGCCGGCAGCCCCAGGCUGGGCUCUCCCAGGCCAACUUCCCCCUGGGCCCUGUGAGCCACUCCCACGGGGGCCAGUACAGAUGCUGUGGUGCACACAACCUCUCCUCCGAGUGGUCGGCCCCCAGUGACCCCCUGGAGCUCGUGGUCUCAGCAACACCUGGCACAGCUCUGCAGGAACCCCAGACUCCGACCUUGUCCUGCAGGAUGUCUGAUGAGUAGAGAAAGGAGAACAGGCUGGGUCAGCAGGAUCUGGGGCCCAGUCUGAUUUGGACACGGGGAAGAUGCUGGACUGAUGGAGGAGGAAGAGAGGCAGGCGAGAUGGAGAGAGGACAGACAGACGUUCCCUUGGCAGCUCUCAUUUCUCAUUUCCAAGGGCCCCUGAGAAUGAGCCCCUCACCCACACCUGCGGGGUCCCUGGGCCAUCUCAGGACUGGAGAAGAAGCUGCUCGGGCCUCGGUGGGAUCUGACUGUGAUGAGGCUGGAGUGUGCCCCAGACCCGCUCCUUUAGAGAGAAGCACCCCGGCUGUGGGUGCCCCUCACACUGCCCCUCCUGUGCCCAUCUGGAGGCUUCUGUGCUCAGGGCACCCCUGAGAAUAAGGAGGGGCUGUGCACCUGCUCCCUGAACGAGUUAGGGAAUUAUUCACAGCCCAUCUUUUGUACAACUCAUUUCUACUCUGCGUUUUCUAUACGCACGUGUCCAUCGUUCCUUUUUCUCUAAAACUUUUAAAACAAUAUGUGAAUAUAUAAAUUUAUGAUUUUA